AUGAAUUUGGAGAGGCCAAGUGCGCAAUGGCAAUCUUUGCAAACUGAGUUUUUUAUCAAAGUUAAAUACUUAGCCAUUCAGGGGAAGAGCAGGCUGAAAGCAUGCAUAAAAGAAAACGGUGGAUUAGUUAAUUUUGUGCUUAAGUACAAAAGUGAAGAAACAAUGGUUGUAGAGUUAGAAGUCUGUGAUAUUGCAGAUGUGGAAGACCUGUCAUCUGCUGAAAUUAAUGCCUCGAAGAAAAAUGAAAGCAACAAUUCCAAUCUUACUGUUAUUGAAGACAGUGAGAGAAGAAUUGAAUCUAAAGUGGGGACUUUUACUUCUAGAAGAAGCAUCCAUUCGAGUGCUGUAUGUUAGGAAGUUAAUGAUUUUGUGGAAUUGAUCUGGGCAGAAGCUAUUGGCCACCUGGAUAGUUUACUACUUGAAUCAAUAAACAAUGUAAGCCUAAAUGAUAUUUCUUGCAGUGACUGUCCAGUGAGAAUUUUACAACUGUAUAGGGUUGGCAGAAUAACUGAAACAGCAGAAUUUCUGAGCAGUCUUGGAAACGUUCGAUCCUUAUUCCAUGCAUCAUCUGUGCGCAACUUCAUGGGAAUUCUUUCUAGAGGACUCCUAAUGCCAAAAGUGAUUGAUGAAGAUCAUGGCCUGGAAAAAACUGAUGUUGGAAAUCUGGGCAGUGGCAUUUACUUCAGUGAUUCUGUUAGCACCAAUAUUAAGUAUUCUUCACCCAGUGAAAUGGAUGGAACACAGCUCCUGGCAGUUUGCGAUGUGGCACUUGGAUCCUGCUUAGAUUUGUAUGAACGAGAUUAUUCAUUAAAUAAUGCACCAUCAGGUUAUGACAGUGUUCAUGGGGUCGGUAAAACAGCAGACAUCUCUUCAGACCUUGAGGGUGAUGAAUUUGUAAUGUAUAAAACCUGUCAGGUUAAAAUUAGAUAUGUUGUUAAGCUUUGCCUUGCUGAAGAUCAAAUAAAACCAUUUCAGCCUGCAAUUGGGGUGGAACUGAAUAACAUCAGUUAGUUAACUGGAGAUAGCAAUCAGCCAGAGUCACAAUGUCAUCUACAGCACGAGAGCUAUGCAUUACCAAAUGCAGAUCUUCUAAAUCCUGCAAAAACUGGUCUUCAGGACAGGUUGGGAAAUCCUGUCCCUCUGGGUGUUUACAUCAAGGCAAGGAUAACAGACUUUGUAGUACAGGUAGUAAUGUUUCAGAUCUGCACCAAUCAAAGCAGUAAACCAAUUUAAGCUAAAUAUGUCUUUCCUUUGGAUGAUAAAGCUGUUGUUUGUGGAUUUGAAGCUUUUAUCAAUGGAAAACACGUCACUGGAGAGGCUAAAGAAAAGAAACAAGCACAUAGGGAAUAUCAGAAAGCUAUCAGUCAGGGUGAUGGAGCUUAUCUAAUGGACCAGGAUGCACCGGAUAUUUUUGUAAUAAGCAUUGGAAACUUAUUUCCAAAUUCUACAGUUAUGAUCAAAGUCACCUAUAUCACUGAACUGAGUUUUCAGCAUGAUUGUGUCACCUUUCAUGUACCUGCUUCUGUGUCACCGUGGCAACAGGAGAAAGCAUUAAAUGAAAACACACAGGAUACAAUAAAAAAGGUUUGUGUUAAACAAGUAAAACCACAGAAAAAAUUUUCCAUGGAUAUGUCUAUUGAGAUCCCAUCUAGUAUUGAAUGCAUACAUAGCCGGACACAUCAACUUAAAAUAAAGAAAACAGACUGCAAGGCUGUAAUUAAGAGGGAGAACAGCUCCUUGGAUGUUAGUGGCUUUGUUCUAGAUAUCUGGAUUUCUCGGGUCUACCUACCUUGAAUGUGGGUAGAAAAGCUUCCCAACAAAAUGAGUGAGGCUUGCAUGCUUGUGUUCCAACCACAGUUUGAAAUAGCAUUUGAAGAAGAGCAGCUGUCCAGUGAAAUUAUUAUUUUAUUAGAUUGCUUGAAUUCAAUGGGAGGUUCAGUUCUACACCAAGCAAAACAGAUUGCUUUAUGUGUUUUGGAACUAUUUUGUUUCAGACAAAGAGUGAAUGUAGUCAAAGUUAGCACAAAUUUCACAGAAUUUUCUUCUUUUUCAAUGAACAUGAUAAAUGAUUUGGCAUCAGUGAAGGAGUUUAUUACAUCUGUUACCGCAACAUUGGGAAACACUGAUUUAUGGAAGACCUCACAUUACUUUAGUCUGCUAUUUCCUUCUCAAGGACACCGUAACAUUCUUCUUAUAUCAGAUGUAUACAUUCAGAAUGAGAGUGCAACCUUCCAGAUUGUGAAAGAUAAUGUCCAACAUACAAGGUUAUUUACAUGUGGUGUUGGUUCCACAGCAAAUCGGCACAUACUGAGAUCUUUGUCCCAAUACGGUGCUGGAGCAUUUGAAUACUCUGACUCAAAAUCAAAGUAUAACUGGGAGGCAAAGAUACAGAAUGAGGGGUCUAGAAUAUUUUCUCCAGGAUGCAGUUCAGUUUCUAUGAAAUGGCAACAGUUUAAUACAGAUGCACCAGAGCCAAUGCAGGUUCCUGCUCAAAUACAGUCUUUAUUUAACAACGAGGGACUUCGUGUCUAUGGAUUCAUCCCUCGCUGUACUCAGGCCACCUUAAGAGCAGUAAUAAAUGACCAAGGUCCUCAGACUGUGGUGUCAACUACUGAACUACAGAAGACGACAGGAACAGUGCUGCACAAACUCGUAGCAAGAGCUUUCAUUAAUGACUAUGAGGAUGGGAUUCUUCAUGAGAAUGAAACAGAACAUGAGGAUGGCUCUUGGAAUCUCAGUCCACAGUUGGGAAAAAUCUUGAAAUUUGAUGUUUACUAUUUAAUUAACAAUUUCCUUAUUAGAAAAGGCAUUCAGUCACUUGGAAAAAAGGGAAGAAAAGACCAAAUAGAAAAGCUACUGCAGUUGAUUGCUACUCUUCUUGUGCUACAGUUCAUACGCUGCACAGAGGAAUUGAAAGGGAUAGUUUUCAAAACACUGAUGAAACUGGAUGAUUCAUCUAAUUUGAGUGGUGUUCAUUGGGCUUUUGAGUUGAUCAAGAUAGCAAUAGAGUGAGUAAGAAGAGCUGAGAGGAGAUUUCCAUCCAUUUGCUAUUGACUUGAACUUGGGAAAGACUGGGAUUCUGCCAAGAAGAUACUGGGUAUCAAGUCUAUCUAUCAGUUCUCUUUCUACUUAAAAUAUUUAAUACCAUAA